GGAAUGCUGUCCACCAUGUUGUUAGUUCCUGUCUGUAUGCUCCUAAUGCUCGGGGGGCAUGUUCUUGCCGGAGGCUACCCGCCCAUGCCUCACAUGAAGUAUAUGCAACCAAUGAUGAAAGGGCCUGUCGGCCCACCUUUCCGAGAGGGAAAGGGGCAUUAUGUUGACAUGCCACCUAUGGUAGAUGUGAAGGGGGAGCCAGGACCCCAAGGUAAGCCUGGACCAAGAGGACCUCCUGGUCCUCCAGGAAUUCCAGGAAAACCUGGACUUGGGAACCCUGGUCUCAACGGGCAGCCAGGUCCCCAAGGCCCUCCUGGCUUUCCAGGAAUUGGUAAACCAGGACUCCCGGGACUACCAGGAAAGAUUGGACCAAAGGGGAUGCCAGGUGUUACUGGUGAGGUUGGUCCUCGUGGUGAACCAGGUCUCAGGGGUCAACCAGGACAGCCAGGACUGCCAGGUCCAGCCGGCCUGUCUCUUAACGGGAAACCUGGGCUUCCAGGCAUUAGGGGACCGCCUGGUUCUCGGGGAGAACCAGGAAUAAAAGGAAUUUCUGGCCCUCCAGGUGAGCGUGGGAUUAAGGGUGAGAAUGGAAAUGGGACACCAGGACCCCCUGGUGUAAGAGGUCCUCCUGGAUUAAAAGGUAGCCCAGGACCACCAGGUCUUCCAGGCAUUGGUAAGCCUGGAGCUAAAGGUUUGCCUGGACUGGGCGGUGCUAAAGGUGAUCAGGGACUUCCAGGGGAUCGAGGGGAACCAGGAGAGGCUGGCCUUCCAGGUCUACAAGGCCAACCGGGUCCCACUGGGAUAGGAAAGCCUGGAAUUGAUGGAUCGCCAGGAGCACCGGGUCUCUUAGGUCAAAAAGGUGAGCAAGGGCUCAGGGGUCCCCCAGGGUUUCCUGGUACACCAGGAUUUGGAAAACCUGGUCUCAAUGGGCCAAAAGGAGAUAAGGGCCACCCUGGGUUAACCGGUCAACCUGGCAACAAGGGAGAACAAGGAAUGGUGGGUCCAACUGGUGAACCGGGUCUUACUGGACAACCAGGACCCCCUGGACUUCAUGGCCCCAUGGGACUCCCGGGAAAACAUGGCAUGCCAGGGGUCAAGGGAGAACUUGGGCCCCAAGGACCUCCAGGGCUGCCUGGUCUCAGGGGUGACCAAGGUCCCAAUGGGAACACAGGAAAACCUGGUAUACCUGGUGACAAAGGCCUUCCUGGACCAAAUGGAGCAAUUGGAAAACCUGGACCCAAAGGUGAAGCAGGACAUAUAGGUCUACCAGGUAAUCCUGGGCUGACAGGUCUUCAGGGACCUAAAGGUGAAGCGGGAUUUAUGGGAACACCUGGUCCCAGAGGUCAGUCUGGUAUCCCUGGUCUUCAGGGUCCCAUGGGCCCCAUGGGACCACAAGGGGCCCCUGGCUUAAAGGGUGAGUCCGGACUUCCGGGACUUCCAGGAAUGGGUAAAGUGGGAGAGAAAGGACCUAUUGGUCCUCAAGGUCCUCCGGGGAAACCAGGCCCUGCUGGACUUAACGGAAAUCCCGGCCCACCUGGCCCUCCGGGGCCCCCGGGUCUUCCGGGAAAUGGCCAAGCAGUUGUUGCAGGUCCCACAGAUUCAGAGUUGGAAGGGGGUGAAGUGCCAGGAAACCGGAAAGGGCCAGCAUACAGUCAAGGUCCACUCUCUGCCUCGUUAGCACCCGCCUUCACAGCCAUCCUCUCCAAGCCUUUCCCUCCUUCUGGUAUGCCAAUCAUAUUUGACAGGACUCUGUAUAAUGGGCAAAAUGCCUACAAUCCCUCUACUGGCAUAUUCACUGCUCCUGUGUCGGGGGUUUACUACUUUGCGUACCACGUGCAUGUGAAGGGAACCAGCUUGUGGGUGGCGUUGUAUAAGAACAAUGUACCAGCUACUUACACCUAUGACGAAUACAAGAAAGGCUACAUGGACCAAGCGUCCGGCAGCGCUGUCCUCGAGCUGAAAGAAGGUGACCAGGUCUGGGUCCAGAUGCCCUCAGAUCAAGCAAAUGGUCUCUAUUCCACCGAGUACAUCCACUCCUCAUUCUCAGGAUUCCUGCUCUGCCCCACAUAA